GUAAGGGCUUAUUUAUAUAAGAAGGCAUCUCACAUCCUUCACAUCUCCUCCUCCCUUCUCUUCCUUCUUUUACAAGAGACAGUGAGAGAAGAUAUAGGUUCUUUAUGUCUGCACAUCAUCCAUGGCUGCAGAUGCUAAUUCAAAUGAUCCGGCUUCAAGUUCCUCUGGAAGCAUGAGAAUUGUGGUCGAGAGUAACCCUUCGGAGUCCAAACUUUCCGAUUUGAACUUCAAGUGCUGGCCAAAGUGGGGAUGCCCACCGGGGAAGUAUCAACUCAAGUUUGAUGCAGAGGAGACAUGCUACUUGCUCAAGGGCAAAGUGAGGGCUUACCCGAAAGGUUCCUCGGACUAUGUCGAGUUCGGGGCAGGAGAUUUGGUCACCAUCCCCAAAGGCCUCAGCUGCACUUGGGAUGUCUCGGUCGCAGUCGAUAAGUACUACAAGUUCGAGUCCUCCUCAUCAUCAUCAUAGGAUUUGCCCCCGGAGCUCAACUGUUUUAUCCUUUCUCUAGCUAUUUUGGUAUCUUCAGUCCCGGAGAGAUCCCGGAGUUAGUCUUGAAGUACGUACUACAUAAGGGGAAACUUAUCCCUCUCCCGUAUUUCCUGAAGAAGUGGACAGUAAACCUGAAAACUCUUCGAAACCACACAUAAUACCAUCGACUCAUGUCGAUCCCUAUCCAGAUUGAAAACAUGAGACUACAACUCUUUUGUCUCGGCGUCGGUCGUAUCGGUUACGUAGUAUUAACCGGCACAGGUUGUAGAGAUCUAGAAAGAGAGGAUUUGUGUGAUUAGUCAAAUGUAAUGUCCCAUUCAAACUAAUCUUCUUUUGGAGUUUUUCAGAUUAAGUUACUAAUUUAAUGAGUCAGUUUGACUGGUCAAACCAUUUUUUUUUUCUGCCUUUAUGCUAAAAAUUUGUUGGGAAUUGACAUAUCGGCAUCCAUGUCUUAUUAUUUGGCAAGUAUUGUGUUGUUUGUUGGCGCAAUAACUUCUCUUUUUGCAUAAAUUGCAUUCACGCCCUCCAAUUGUAGAAUAUUGU